GUCCCAGCCCCGGACCGUCCGCGCUCCACCGGUGCCUUGGCCCCAGCGGACCUUGCAGUGACCAUGACGUGGUCCUCCCCGGCCACCUUCUCCCUGUUCCUGUUGCUGCUGCUGCUGCUGGGCCAGGCCCCUCCUAGCAAUCCACAGUCACUGGGCACCGUGAAGCUCCGGCUGGUGGGCCCAGGAAGCAGGCCGGAGGAGGGCCGCCUGGAGGUGCUGCACCAGGGCCAGUGGGGAACGGUGUGCGAUGAUGACUUCGGUCUCCAGGAGGCCACAGUGGCCUGCCGCCAGCUGGGUUUCGAGGCUGCCUUGACCUGGGCCCACAGCGCCAAAUAUGGCCAAGGGGAAGGACCCAUCUGGCUGGACAAUGUGCGUUGUGGGGGCACCGAGAGCUCUCUGGACCAGUGUGGCUCUAACGGCUGGGGUGUGAGCGACUGCAGCCACUCCGAAGAUGUUGGGGUGGUGUGCCACCCCAAGCGUCAGCGUGGCUACUUUUCUGAGAAGGUCUCCAAUGCCCUCGGGCCCCAGGGCCGGCGGCUGGAGGAGGUACGGCUCAAGCCCAUCCUUGCUAGUGCCAAACGGCGCCUCCCAGUGACUGAGGGCGCCGUGGAGGUGAAGUACGAGGGCCAUUGGCGGCAGGUGUGUGACCAGGGCUGGACCAUGAACAACAGCAGGGUGGUGUGCGGGAUGCUGGGCUUCCCCAGUGAAGUGCCUGUCAACAACCCCUACUACAGGAAAGUCUGGAAUUUGAAGCUGAAGGACCCCAAGUCCAGGCUGAAGGGCCUGACUAAUAAGAAUUCUUUCUGGAUCCAUCGAGUAAACUGUCUGGGGACAGAACCUCACAUGGCCAACUGCCAGGUGCAGGUGGCUCCGGCGCAGGGCAAGCUGCGGCCAGCCUGCCCAGGAGGCAUGCAUGCUGUGGUCAACUGUGUGGCAGGGCCCCGCUUCCGCCCCCCAAAGGCAAAGCCUCGGCGCAAGGAGUCCAGGGAGGAGGAGCUGAGGGUGCGCCUACGGUCGGGGGCCCAGGUGGGUGAGGGCCGGGUGGAAGUGCUCAUGAACCGCCAGUGGGGCACGGUCUGUGACCACAGGUGGGACCUCAUCUCCGCCAGCGUCGUGUGUCGUCAGCUUGGGUUUGGCUCUGCUCGAGAGGCUCUCUUUGGGGCCCAGCUGGGCCAAGGGCUAGGGCCCAUCCAUCUGAGUGAGGUGCGCUGCAGGGGAUAUGAGCGCACCCUCAGUGACUGCCUUGCCCUGGAAGGCUCCCAGAAUGGUUGUCAACAUGACAAUGAUGCUGCUGUCAGGUGCAACGUCCCCGACAUGGGCUUCCAGAGUCAGGUGCGCUUGGCUGGUGGCCGCAGCCCUGAGGAGGGCAUAGUGGAGGUACAGGUGGAGGUGAAUGGAGUCCAACGUUGGGGGACCGUGUGCAGUGACCACUGGGGACUCAAUGAAGCCAUGGUGGUCUGCCGACAGCUCGGCCUGGGUUUUGCCAGCCAUGCCAUCAAGGAUACCUGGUACUGGCAGGGCACACCGGGGGCCGGAGAAGUGGUGAUGAGUGGAGUGGGCUGCCUGGGCACCGAGCAAGCUCUGCAGCAGUGUCAGAGGCACGGGCCAGUGCACUGCUCCCACGGCACUGGGCGCUUCUCAGCAGGAGUCUCCUGUACCAGCAGUGCUCCAGACCUGGUGAUGAAUGCCCAGCUAGUGCAGGAGACGGCCUACUUGGAAGACCGCCCGCUCAGCCUGCUGUACUGUGCCCACGAGGAGAACUGCCUUUCCCGGUCUGCUGACCACAUGGACUGGCCGUACGGACACCGACGCCUGCUGCGCUUCUCCUCACAGAUUUACAACCUGGGCCGGGCUGAUUUUCGUCCCAAAACCGGACGCCACAGCUGGAUUUGGCACCAGUGUCACAGGCACUACCACAGCAUCGAGGUCUUCACCCACUAUGAUCUGCUCACUCUCAAUGGCUCCAAGGUGGCUGAGGGACACAAAGCCAGCUUCUGUCUAGAAGACACAAACUGUCCAGCAGGAAUGCAGAGGCGCUAUGCAUGUGCCAACUUCGGAGAACAGGGAGUGACUGUAGGCUGCUGGGACACCUACCGGCAUGACAUCGACUGCCAGUGGGUGGACAUCACAGAUGUGGGCCCAGGGGACUAUAUCUUCCAGGUGGUUGUGAACCCCAAAUAUGAGGUGGCAGAGUCAGAUUUCUCCAACAACAUGAUGAGAUGCCGCUGCAAGUACGACGGGCACCGGGUUUGGCUGCACAACUGCCACACAGGAGAUUCAUACCGAGCCAAUGCAGAGCUCUCCCUGGAACAGGAACAGAGACUCAGGAACAACCUCAUCUGAAGCCAUCACUGCACACUCCUACUGCUGCCUACACACCAACACCAGAUACCUCAGCUUACUGGAGCCAUGCCCUUCACAGAGCCCUAAUUCAUAGUAAAUGGGGCCAGUGCCAAGGGGCAUCGAGUACCUGCUCAGGAAGCCUUUGGAUGGCAAGAUCACCAAACCAGGAUGGUACUGCUCCCUUUGGGUGGCUAUGGGCCUCUCCCCGUAGGGCCUGUGGCCUGUGGAGUAUGGUCUCCAUGCUUUAGUCAGCUGAGCUCCUCUUCCACAAGGAGAUCCAAUUUUUCCUGGAUCUUGCUAGAGUUCUGGAUUCAGGACCAGUCCCCCAUCUAGCAGUGCUUUGCGAAUGUCUUGGAGUAGAGGACAGAGGACUCACACAGGAGAUGAGGUCAGCUCACUGCUAGGGGCUCAAAGCAACACACAGUCUCAGAGUCACAACUAUCAGAGAUGCUGAAGGAUUCAGCCCCUCACUUUAUCUGUCCCCACUUGGAACCCACCUCUGCUCUGCAGGUCUGUUCUUCAGCAGUCUUAACUAUCCUACUGCACCCCCCAGAAGCUUAGGCCUCGGCAUCCCCUAAUCUCCUGAAUGGCCAACACUGCCAGGUACUGAGUGCUCGAGAAGGGCAAGUUUCACAGACACGGCUAGACAGGGCCUUUCUGCAGAGCAGCACAAGAAGGCCAAGCAAGAAGACCACUGAGCUAACAGGGACCUCAGCUCCUGCCAGGACCUCUGCUAAGGAAAAAAACUGUGUGUCAAAUAAUCUGGCAGACAAUCCAAUCUCUCUCAGGACCACCAUGCAUCUCAGGAUUGGCCUAGGCUUCAGGUCUCAACCAAAUGAACUUUGCAUUGAAUGAAUUUUUGUAAUGGAAAGAACAUCAGUCAAACAAGCCACUCAUCUCUAUAGGAACAUGAAGACAGAUGUGAUAGAGUGAGGGACAAAAGACUCAGGAGAAAUCACAAGGGGGAACAUUUAAUUUCGUUAAGGACUGAACUUAGGAAAAGCCAUCACCCUGCUUGGCUUGACUGCACCAUGCUCUUGCUCAGGUAGUAUAUAAUUCCAUGGUCUUGGACACGAGUCUUGAUCUUUUCUCCUUUGAGACACACUUUAAAGAUAAUCCGUACAGGUAUGACCCCUCCCCCCAUCAUCAAUAAAGGUUGCUCAUUAUG